AAUCACCGCCACAUCGUAACUCAUUGUUCCGCGAAGUAAGCUAUGUUACCCCAAAAGUAUUAUUGCGGAAUGUUAGAAAUAGAAACAUUGAAAAUUUCCUAGUAUAAAACAGACGCUUUUUUCCCUCCAUCAUCUCUCCAAAGUUAGAGUAGACAUUGAAGAGGCACACACAUUCAGAGAGAGGGAGAGAAAGAGUUUCAGAAACCCUAACGAAUUAGUGCCAUCGCAAGGUCAUUUGUUCAGGUAAAAAAUGGAGAAAUCUAGUAAGGAGGAGGAAGGUGAGUCCCCUCCUUUGCCCCCACCGCCACCAGUUGUAUCACAAAAUGUGAAAACUGAACAAGUGGACCAGCCAAAGCGUUCAAUAAUAAGUAGGCGUGGGUUUGGGACUGCUGGGAAACGCAUUACUUUGCUGACAAACCACUUCAAAGUUGCUGUCAAAUCUCCUGAUGAAAUAUUCUACCAGUAUAGUGUUUCUAUUAGUUCUGAAGAUAAGAGAGCUGUGGACGGCAAGGGCAUUGGCAGAAAAAUCAUUGACAAACUUUACCAAACGUACUCUUCUGAACUUGCUGGGAACAGAUUUGCAUAUGAUGGAGAUAAGACUCUGUAUACAGUAGGGCCUCUUCCACAGAAUAAUUUUGAGUUCACGGUGGUUCUUGAGGACUCUUUUGCAAAGCAUGGGAGUCCUCCUCACAAUGGGAGCCCCGGUGAGUAUGGUAAAAGGUCAAAGCGUUCUUUCCAGUCAAAAGCUUUUACCGUUGAGAUCAGCUAUGCUGCUAAAAUACCUCUGAAGUCCAUUUCUCUUUCUCUCCAAGGAGCUGAUCCGGAUAAUGUUCAGGAUGCACUAAGGGUGCUUGAUGUUAUUUUAAGACAGCAAGCAGCUAAUAGGGGUUGUCUUUUGGUAAGACAGUCAUUCUUUCAUAAUGACUUAAGGAACUUCACUGAUGUUGGAGGAGGUGUCACUGGCUGCCGGGGGUUCCAUUCCAGCUUUCGUCCAACUCAUGGUGGUUUGUCACUUAAUAUGGAUGUUUCUACAACUAUGAUCCUGACGCCUGGACCUGUUAUUGAUUUUCUGCUAGCUAACCAAAAUGCACGUGAACCCCGUUACAUUGACUGGGCAAAGGCUAAAAGAAUGCUAAAAAACAUGAGGAUUAAGACAAGGCACAUAAACAGAGAGUUCAAGAUCAUAGGUUUGAGUGAAAAGCCUUGCAAUCAGCAAUUUUUUCCAUUGAAAGUGAAAAACAGUGAAGGUGCCUAUGAUGAAGGACAGACUACGGAGAUUACGGUGUACGAGUAUUUCACCAAACAUCGGAACAUUGAACUUACUUUUUCCGCAUAUAUGCCUUGCCUUGAUGUUGGUAAACCGAAACGACCAAACUAUCUACCACUGGAGCUUUGUUCGUUGGUGUCUCUUCAGCGUUACACAAAGGCAUUAUCUUCAGUCCAGAGAACAUCUUUGGUUGAAAAGUGUAGGCAAAAGCCUCAGGAGAGAAUGAGAGUUGUAACUGAUGCUAUGAAGAACUACCGUUAUGAUGAUGAUCCCUUCCUUGUUGCUUGCGGCAUUUCAAUUGAGAAACAACUCACAGAAGUGGAUGGUCGGGUCCUAGAGGCACCCAAGUUGAAAGUUGGUAAUAGUGAAGAUUGCUUCCCACGUAAUGGACGAUGGAACUUCAACAACAAGCAUCUUUUAACCCCUAUCCGUAUAGAACGUUGGGCUGUUGUCAAUUUCUCUGCACGCUGUGAUACAAGUCAUCUGUCACGGGAACUCAUUAACUGUGGAAGGAACAAGGGCAUUCAUAUUGAACGCCCACAUACACUAAUUGAGGAAGAUCCACAGCAUAGAAGAGCUGGCCCUGUGGUACGAGUAGAUAAGAUGUUUGAACAGAUUACUGCGAGGCUCCCUGGUCCCCCUCAGUUUCUUCUUUGUGUCUUGCCAGAGCGGAAAAACUCUGAUAUAUAUGGACCCUGGAAGAAGAAAAGUUUGAGCGAUUUUGGGAUUCCCACUCAAUGUAUUUCUCCUUAUAAAAUCAAUGACCAGUACUUGACAAAUGUGCUUCUUAAAAUCAAUACCAAGCUUGGAGGGACUAAUUCUUUGUUGGCAAUAGAACACUUAUCUUGUAUUCCCCUGAUAAAAGAUACUCCAACAAUGAUUCUGGGGAUGGAUGUCUCGCAUGGAUCUCCUGGUCGAUCAGAUAUCCCGUCUAUUGCAGCGGUUGUUGGAUCUCGAUCUUGGCCAUUGAUAUCAAGGUAUAGGGCAGCUGUACGAACACAAUCAUCAAAGGUGGAGAUGAUUGAAUCCUUGUUCAAACCUGCCGCAAAUGGGAAGGAUGACGGCAUUAUGAGGGAACUUCUUAUGGAUUUCUAUAAUUCAAGCAAUGGACGCAAACCAGCUCAUAUCAUUGUCUUCAGGGAUGGAGUGAGCGAAUCCCAAUUUAAUCAAGUUUUGAACUACGAGCUUGAUCAAAUGAUAAAGGCUUACCAGCAUCUUGGUGAGGUUGACGUGCCCAAGUUCACAGUGAUUGUGGCUCAGAAGAAUCACCACACAAAGUUGUUUCAAGCUGGUGCAAAUGAGAAUGUUCCCCCAGGUACUAUUGUGGACACAAAAGUUGUGCAUCCAAGACAUUAUGAUUUUUACAUGUGUGCCCAAGCUGGGAUGAUUGGAACUUCUCGCCCAGCCCACUAUCACGUCUUGCUGGAUGAGAUGGGUUUCUCUCCUGAUGACCUGCAGAAUCUCAUUCAUUCACUGUCUUAUGUGUACCAACGGAGUACAACUGCAAUUUCAAUUGGUAUUUUCAUGCAAAUUUACUAAAUGUUGCAUUCUUUUCUUAAUGUUUUUCUAAGAAAAAAAAGGUUAGCAAUUACUGUGAUUAAUAUACAACUACUUCUACCUCUCACUGUUUUCCUUUCUCCAGUUGCACCUGUAUGCUAUGCCCACCUUGCAGCCCAACAAAUGGGGCAAUUUUUGAAGUUUGAGGAUUUCUCAGAAACCUCUUCUGGACAGAAAAGUCUCACAUCAGUAGGGACAGCCCUUGUUCCUGACCUGCCCAAAUUGCAUGAGAACGUCGAGAGCUCGAUGUUCUUUUGUUGAGGUGAUAUUCUCCUAGGCAUAAAUACCAAUCAUUUGAUUAGUUCUGCAACUUCGUACAUAAUUUGGUGGUAUAGGACACAAGCGACCCCAAGUUUUUAUUGUAAGUGGGGUAUAGAAGAGGGUAAUUAUUCAAAAAAGAACUACUUU